UUUUUUUGUACACGAGACAGAAAGUGCGUUUCAUUUUUUUUUUUUCUUUCUCUUUCUUUCCUAUUCUUUUUUCAAUAUGGCUUCAUCUAUUCAAAGUGCUCAAGUGAAAUUUCAACAUUAUUUAUCUACUCUGGAUAAAGAACUUGGUAAAUCGUAUUAUAUGAAUCAAGUGGAACGUCGUACUGGAGUACCAAAAAGUUAUUUUGCUCUUGGUGUUGGUGGUAUUGCGUUUAUCAUGAUUUUCUUUAACAUUGCUGGUCAACUCUUGACUAAUGUUAUCUCUUGGAUUUAUCCUGCUUAUGCUUCUUUCAAGGCUAUUGAAAGUCCAGGCAAUAAUGAUGAUAAACAAUGGUUGACUUAUUGGACUGUGAUUGGAUUUGUGCAACUCCUCGAAUACUUUUCUGAUAUUUUAUUAUACUGGUUUCCUUUUUAUUAUCUCUUCAAAACUUUAUUUGUACUUUACCUUGUUUUACCUCAAUUCAGAGGUGCUGAACUAUUGUAUGGUCGGUUCUUACGUCCUGUUUUAUUGAAUACACGAAACUCGGUAGAUAAACAUGCUCAUGAAUUGAAGGAAAAAGUUCAUGAUUUAGCAUCUAGUGCAAGCAAGUCUGAUUAAAUCUAUCUCCCCCAUUUUUUUUUUUUGUUUCCCUUCUUCCUUUCUCCUCCUAUGGUUAGUUCCUCAUCUUUAUCCUGUCCAGUUUUAUCCUAUUAGUUAUAUAUAUACAAUAUAUUUUAGUCAUAUCCAAAAUAAAUAAAAAAAAUCUUCUUUUUUUUUUUCUUG